AUGUGCGCUCGGAUAUGGAUUUUGAACGAAGAGCCCAAAAUGGAGUCCGAAGAUCCAAAGCAGUGUUUGGUUGAGGCCGAAGGCAUGAAACGCCUUGCCUUCUGCGGCGUUGCCGUGUCCACAGUGGCCACGUUGGUCGCCAUUGUGUGCGUACCGAUGCUGUGCACCUAUAUGCAGAAUGUGCAGUCGAAUCUUCAGGAUGAGAUCAGUUUCUGCCGUACUCGUUCGGUAUCGCUUCGUGGCGAAUACACCAAGCUGGCUCAUUCACGCCAGGCCGUAAAAGCCGAACGUGAGAAGCGUCAAGUGACCCACGAAUGCUGCAGUUGUGGAAUCGGACCAUCGGGCGCACCCGGAGCACCUGGUCCAGACGGUGAGGACGGUCGUGAUGGCAAAGCCGGUAAACCUGGACCGAACGGACCAGACGCUGAAGAAGGACAGAAGCCAACUGAGAAAGACUGGUGCUUCAAUUGCCCAGAGGGACCAGCAGGACCGGCCGGACAGGCAGGACCCAAAGGACCACAAGGAACAGCAGGCGACAAAGGCGAGGAUGGUCCAGCUGGACCACCCGGACCGACCGGCCCACUUGGCCCGGUCGGACCCAAAGGACCAGUGGGAGAGGCUGGCGCCGAAGGUGAAGCCGGCAAACCGGGCGUACAACACGAGGUUCCCGGUCCACCCGGACCACCAGGACCACCCGGAGAGAUGGGACCCGCCGGUGAGGCAGGACCAGAAGGUCGUGAUGGUCGCCCAGGACGCAAGGGACCACGUGGCCCGGCCGGUGAGAACGGCAAAGACGCCGAGAAUGGCCAAGAUGGUGCCCUGGGUGACCAAGGCGAGGCUGGCGCUGACGGACCGAAAGGCAGCUGUGACCACUGUCCACCACCCAGAACCGCUCCAGGCUAUUAA